AUGGCCACGGCGCUGUCGAGCUCUUGCGCGAGCAAGCACCUGAUAUUGAGGUUCCGCCUGCGAUGCCUGUGCCUCUGUUUUCGUAUGUCGAUUCUUACAACGUGUGGAUUUGACUAUGCAAUCUCUGGAAUCGUCAUUACUGCCGCGCCGGCUACGUACUCCGACUCGUAUCUUGAACAUCAAGGCGCUGGCACACCUCCUUUGGUGACACUUCUACCUUCAUCGACAGUUAUGGCUCCAGAAGCAAGGAAUGAAAAUAAUAUUUAUCUUAUCGUGAGUAGAGGCGUACAAUGA